CAUAUGUAAACAUACAUGUAUGUAUGUGCUUGAAAAUAGCCGAUACAAUUGGAAAAACUAUUAAACAAUUUAACAGAAAGUAUGGAUGUGCAGGUUGGUUUUCCAAAGCUGCUUCACAUGGGCGCAAAACUGGUUAGACAUAAGGUGCAGCAGUAUCGUUUGGCAACAAGCCAGACAGUCACAGUGCAGACAAAUUACGGUAUUGUACGUGGCUUGCGACGUAAGACGAUUUACGAUAAAGAGCUAUACUACGCAUUUGAGGGAGUACCUUAUGCCCAACCGCCAAUUGGUGAGCUGCGCUUUAAAGCGCCGCAGCCGCCUGAGCCAUGGGACGGAGUGCGUAACUGUACCACAUAUCGUAAAAAGCCGCUACAAAAAAACAUGAUAUUAGGUAGAGUUGAAGGCUCCGAAAAUUGCCUCUAUUUAAAUGUAUAUGCGAAAAAAAUGAAGACUGAAAAGCCGCUGCCUGUCAUGGUUUGGAUUUAUGGCGGAGGCUUUCAGAAGGGUGAAGCCUCGCGGGAUCUCUAUAGUCCGGAUUAUUUUAUGAAGCAGCAGGUGGUGCUUGUGACAAUAAGCUAUAGGGUGGGUGCACUAGGUUUUCUUAGUCUCAAGGAUCAGGAGCUAGAAGUGCCCGGCAAUGCUGGGCUCAAGGAUCAGGUGCAGGCACUACGUUGGAUCAAUCAAAACAUUGAACACUUCAAUGGCGAUCCCAAUAACAUAACACUAAUGGGCGAGAGUGCGGGAGCCGCCUCCACUCACAUUAUGAUGACUACUGAGCAAACUAGGGGCCUGUUCCACAAGGCGAUACUGCAGUCGGGCUGUGCGCUAUCUGCCUGGGCGGAGCAGCCGGACCGCAACUGGGCAUAUCGGUUGGCGCACAGCUUAGGUUACAAAGGAAGCGAACAGGAACAAGAUGUGCUGUGUUAUCUCCGGAAGACAUCUGCACGUAAAAUCGCUGCUUGUGAUCAAGAUUUGGUUACGCAAGAUGAGUUUCGCAAUUUUUUUCUAUUUGCUUUUGGUCCUGUCGUCGAGCCAUAUGAGAGCAGUCAUUGUGUGGUACCAAAGCCACACCGAGAGAUGUUGGCAACCGCCUGGGGAAACAGCAUACCGCUGGUUCUUGGGGGCAAUUCUUUCGAGGGUCUUUUUUCCUAUCAAAUCUGUCGCAAAGAUUAUGAUUGGAUUAUGACCCACUUUGACAACAUUAUACCGCGAGAGGUGACCAAUGCAAGCACACCAGAGCACACGCAGGAGCUAGUGCGCCGACUGAAGCAUAUAUACUUUGGCGACGAGAAGCGUCAGAAAAUGGAUCUCUUUGAAGCCUUAUAUGUCUUCUCGCAUCGUCAGGUCUGGCACGACCUGCAUCGCCUGGUUAUGGCGCGUCUUUCUUAUGCUUCAGAAGCACCCACCUAUCUCUAUCGUUUCGACUAUGAUUCUCCGCAUUUUAAUCAGUUCCGUUGGCUCGUUUGUGGACAAAGUGUGCGCGGUGUGUCCCAUGGUGACGACCUCUCUUAUCUCUUCUAUACGGUGCUGGCCAGUAAACUGAGCAAAUCAUCGGGCGAAUAUCGCACAAUUGAGCGUAUGGUUGGUAUGUGGACGUCCUUUGCUAAUAACAGCAAUCCCAAUUGCAAGGAAACGUCUUCGGCAAAGUGGACGCCUAUUGAGAGAACUACAAAUGGCGCUUACCACUGCUUCAAUAUCAGCGAGCAGCUGGAAAUGAUUUCGCUCCCUGACGCAUGCAUUCUUGCUGUCUGGGAUAGCUUUUACCCCAAGGAGUCGCUUUACUAAGUCAAGUCCACUACUAAACAACUCAAUUAAAUCAAAUAUUUUAAUUACUGCCGAGUGUAUAUGUAAGUUUCUUGUAAAUCUAUCUAGAUUUUUAAAAAUAAAUUCUAAAUUCGAUAAAAGA